CGGCCCAGUCCUGGGGUCAGGGCUGGGAAGGAUUUCCUCAGGCUCCCUCCCCCAGUGCAGAGCCGCUGGGAACCUGUCGGACAAAUUUAGUUCGGGGAGGGGCCAAGGAGUGCCUGUCAGCGCAGAAAGUCGGGGCAGUAGAGGCAGCCCCUUGGCGGAGCACGCCCGGACCCGGGGAGCAGCCUGUCCUGCCUGGGGCGCCCCUUGGCCUACCGAGGGAAGGAGGUGGAGGUAGGACCCAGGACAAUGGCUGCUGCUCAUGAUUUGGAGAUGGAGAAUGUGAAUAGGAGUAGAGACAUAGAAGAAGAGCUGGAGGAAGAGAAAAAAAUGAGAGAUGAUGGGGAAGGUAAAGAUCCCUUCAAGAAUAAAAAGGUCCACAGGAUUGUCUCAAAAUGGAUGCUUCCGGAAAAUGUCCGAAGAACAUACAUGGAGAGAGCUAAUUGCCUCCCACCCCCUGUGUUCAUCAUCUCCAUCAGCAUUGCAGAGCUGGCGGUGUUUAUUUACUAUGCUGUGUGGAAGCCUCAGAAACAGUGGAUCACCUUGGACACGGGCAUCUUGGAGAGUCCAUUUACCUAUAAUCCGAUGAAGAGGGAGGAAGCCUGGAGGUUUAUCUCAUACAUGUUGGUACAUGCUGGAGUUCAGCACAUCUUGGGGAAUCUUAUUAUGCAGCUCGUUUUGGGUAUUCCCUUGGAAAUGGUCCACAAAGGCCUCCGAGUGGGGCUGGUGUACCUGGCAGGAGUGAUUGCAGGAUCUCUUGCCAGCUCCAUCUUUGAUCCACUCAAAUAUCUUGUGGGUGCUUCAGGAGGAGUCUAUGCUUUGAUGGGAGGCUAUUUUAUGAAUGUUGUAGUGAAUUUUCGAGAAAUGAUCCCAGCCUUUGGAAUUGUCAGACUACUGAUCAUCAUCCUUAUAAUUGUGUCUGACAUGGGAUUCGCUCUCUACAGACGGUUCUUUGUCCCUGCAAAUGGGUCACCGGUGUCUUUUACAGCUCACAUUGCAGGUGGAUUUGCUGGAAUGUCCAUUGGUUACACUGUGUUUAGCUGCUUUGAUAAGGCACUGCUGAAAGACCCACGGUUUUGGAUAGCAAUUGCAGGUUAUUUAGCUUGUGUUGUAUUUGCUGUGUUUUUCAAUAUUUUCCUAUCCCCAGCAAACUGACCUGCUCCUAAUAGAAAUCAGUUAUUAAAAAAGCCAUCUGGGAAAAAAAAAACACUGUGAAGAACUUUAUAAAGAAACAGAGUGGUCCCAGCUAAUGCUAACAAUUUUAAAAAGAAGACAAAACACCACUGAAGUCAUCAGUUUCAGACUGCUAACAAAAGGAUGCGGGGUUUAGGCAAGGUGCUUCUAAAAGCAUGGGGAGGGAAGAGGAAAAGAGAAAAGGGAAGGGCAAUAAAAAGCAAAGACUGGGUCUUCGCCAGACAUAUGGUGUGCAUGUAUGUACCCUCUAAAAGAGACUUGCUCUCCUUGGAGGCUACAUUGUAGAAAUUGCUUGAUAGCUGAUAAAAACUUUUCAUACCUGUGUCAGACUAUUGAUAAUCACUUUCGAUCACUGAGUAGAUAGAUCACUGAAGUGCUUUAUAUACACUAUUGCUAAUCUAUUUAACAACCCAGAAAGGUGGCUAUUACUCUGUAUCUUAGAGAGGACAUGAAUAUUCUUAAAAAUUCAAGUAACUUCUCUAAGAGGGGGCAAAACAUAAAGAUUGGUAAUCACUUUGAAAGCCCAUACUCUCCUCCCCUUCUGGUCUAACAAUACUUGUCUUUCAAUACUGAAAGAGUAUCAUGGAGUAUAGAAAUAAACAUUUCUGUGGGUGCACCAGGAAUACUUUAUAGGAGAUGAAAUACCUUAUAGGAGAAGACAGAAUUCUCUGGACUUCUAGUUUAAGAUUCUAAUAGCUUCUCUAGGAUCCCAAGGAACCUGCAACUGGCUUUCUAGUACACACUAUGUCCAGGAUAUAUGAGGUCAUAUGUCAUAUAUUGUUCUGUACCUUGCUUUAUAAUGUGAUGUAGAGAUCUUUCUCUGUUACUAAACAGAGAUAGAGAUCUUUAUUCUCUGAGUUGUUGAAUGAUAAAGAUGUACUGUAGUUUAUCUAACCAUUCCUCUAGUGGACAUUAAGUCGUUGCUGACUUUAUGUUACUACUAACAAUGCUAUGUGAAAGUUCAGUGUGUCUUUGAGUAUGUGUUGCUGAAUGAAUGAAUAUUUCAAGCAUCUAGAAACAGAAAUGUUAUGUUAAUUUUGAUAAGUUUAAACUGCCUUUUAAAAAAUUUGAUAUGCUUAUUAAUUUACUAUAACUUAAAUUAAAAAAUGCAUAGAAAGUAAACAUGUUUAAAACUCCUUUUAUAAACAACUACUGGUAUGUACGCUUUUUACUUUUGCAUUCAGUCUUUUGUAAAGAGCUUUCAGCAUUAUUUUUUGAACCAUUAAAGUAUUUUCCUUUAUCCCUGUCACUGUGAGUUAACAUCAGUGGACUUUAUACACAUUAAAACAAAUAGCUGUAUGCAUUUAUAUUCUUACAGUAUAUGACAGUAACAGUUUUCUCAUAACUUUGCCCAAACCAGGUAUCAUAAAUCUUUGAAAAACUGGCAUUUUGAUAGUUAAAAAAUACUUCAUUUUAAUUGUAUUUCUCUGACUACUAAUGAGGUUUAGUGUUUUUAAAGUUUAUUAAUAAUGUAUACUACACAUAUGUAAUUUAUGUAAUACAAACUAUACAAAUACGAAUGUAUAUGUGUGUAUAUGUACUAUAAAUUUCCCCUGAUGAAAUGUUUGUAUUUAAUCUGAAAAGUAGCUAUUAGUUGGCAGAUGAGGAAAUAUUCAUCUGCCAUGGCCAAUCUACCAGGUCACUAGCUCUGAGGAGACAUUUAAUGCCCUAAAGAAUAAUAUAAAUGUUAAUAAUAGAAAACUAGACAGAGCAACAGGAUUCAUCUAACUAUGAAAUCGGACGUGACUCAUUGAUUAUUAAGAUGAUGACUAAGAAGUUAUUGUCUAGUCAGAAAGAUUUUUUUGGUACUAGAAACACUGUUCACAUGACCAAAGACUGAUUAUCUUAUUGGGUUCCCCAGUAGGCAAAACUACCAUUAAAAAAAAGCACACAAACAUCUCCUGGUGUUUUAAAUUUGACAUCUGUUUAUGAAAGAGGAACCAUUUAUUUGGCUUACUUUGGGCCUCAUAACUUUAACCUUCUAAAUUGUGCUAUGAUUGGAAAUAUUGCAAGUAAUCUUCAUCUGUGCUGUCCAAUAAAGUAGCCACCAGGCACAGGUAGGUCUGUAAAUUUUAAUUAAAAUUAAGUAAAAACUCAGUUCCUCGUUAUACAAGCCACAUUGCGAGUGCUUAAUAGCUACUUGUGGCUGGCUAGCAGCUACCUUAUUGGACUGUGCAGACAGAGUCUAUUUCAACAUCAUUGCAAAAAGGUUUUUGGACAGCGCUGUUUCAGAAGCAAGAAAGAGCUGAAUGGGAAAUGGAUUUUAUCUGAUGGCUCACCCAUUCACUACAUGAAACUGAAUCAAAUCUGCUCUACACCUGCCUGCCAAGGGACAAACUCAGAAAACAAAGUUGAAGAUGGCCGUGGUAUAACUUCUUUUAAGCAUGAUUUGCUUCAGAUUUAUCUAAACUAAGAAAGGUUUGUGCUAAUCUCUAUGUUUUAGCUAAUUAAGAGUCAUUUAAAAUGUUUUUAUCUUUUGCUUUUGAAUUUUAUAGUACUGUAUCUGUGGACAGUACUAGUAGUCACAUCAUUUGCUAUGAAAGCUUUAGAACCUAAGAUCUGUAGUGAAAUAAUACUGCUGCUUCUUUCAGGAAAUACUAUGCCCUUUAAGGAAAAAAAAAUCUUUUAUUUCUUUUUGUGAUAGAAAAGUAAAAUGCUCAGAUACAUAAAAAUUAAGUCAAGUGUGACAAUACCCAGAGAUAAUCAGUUAACUUUUUUUUUCUUUUUUUUUUUUGGUGGAAUGAAAAGCAGGUUUAUUUAAAAUGCCAGCAUUCUGGGAGGAUGGUGGACUCCUGUCCAAAGGCCAUCCCCCCGUCAGUUAACAUUUUGAUGACUAUCCUUCUAGGCUUUUUUGUAUGCAUCUCUACAUAUAAGUGAAUUUACAAUAAUGGGGCCAUACUACUCUAUUUUAUAACCUGAAUGUCACUGAAACAAUAUAUCAAAUGUCUUUUUAUAUCAGCAUAUAUUUAUUAUUUCUACAGUUGGCAUAGUACCAUACUCUGGAUGUACUAUUACUUAUUAUGUACAAUAUAGUCAUGUAUUGAUAAUUGUGAUUACUAUCAUGAAUAAUAUGUGCUUACACUUUAAAGUGCUUUGGAUUGUUGGGUCUAAGAGUAUAUUAUUGCCAAC